GGCUUGAAGGAAUAUUUGGUUUAAUAACAGUAAUAUGUGGCAUGUUGUUGUUGCAUCUUAUAAUUGGUAUAUCACAUCCAGGUGGAUAUUUCGAUAUCAUAACCGGAUUUCAACAAAUUAUUAGUUUUAAACAAAUUUGGAUUUCCGGUAUUUUGAUAUGUUUUUCGAUAGCGUUUUUCAAUUUCUUUGGCCUCAGUGUUACGAGGAGAAUUAGUGCAACUGCUAGGUCUACGAUUGACACCAGCAGAAUCGUCUUUAUUUGGAUAGUGUCUUUGUUUCUUGGGUGGGAAGCAUUCUCUUGGUUACAAGUCAUUGGAUUCAUUGUUCUCAUUUGUGGAACCUUUAUUUUUAAUAAUGUCAUGAGGCCUCCACCAUGUUUCACCGUACCGCCGGCGGCUCAGACUAACGAGGAUCAACCUUUAUUGCCUGAGGAUCAUGAGCACAAUUAG